CUUUUAUUUAGCUGUUCUUCUUUUGGAUUUACUAUCUUUUUAUUUUCUCCAGAUGAAAGCCUGAAAACAGUAGUGAGCCCUCUCUGUCCUCUACUCAAUCCUCAUCAACAGCUGCCACCCAUGAUUUCAUUAUCUUUUUACUUUCCCCACAUUUUAUAUAGCCACUCUCCUCCUUAACUCCCCUCCUACUCUCCUCCAUUCCUUCACUGCCUUCACUUCCCUGCUCAGCUCAGCAGCUCAGGGACUUCGAGGAUGAUGGAAUCCAAAGCAGCCAUGAUGGUGACCAUCCUGCUCUGCUGCUCCUCCAUCUCACCGGCGUUCGCGCAGAAGCACAAGGGUCCGCCCGCCGCGGCGGCCGUGAGCCUCCCGCCGUCGCCGGCGCCGUCCCCGGCGGCGCCGCGCCACGUGGACCUCGCCGACCUCCUGAGCGUGGCGGGUCCGUUCCACACGUUCCUCGACCUCCUGGAGAAGACGGACGUGCUCAGGACGUUCCAGAGCCAGGCGAACGGCAGCAAGGACGGGAUCACGGUGUUCGUCCCCAAGGACGCGGCGUUCGCGUCGCUGGCGAGGUCGGCGACGGCGAACCUCACCUCCGACCAGCUCAAGUCGCUGGCGCUGUACCACGCGCUGCCGAGGUACUACUCCCUCGCCGAGUUCAACAGGCUGGGCGGCGCGGCCAGCCCGGUGCCCACGCUCGCCGGCGGCGAGUACACGGUCAACGUCACCGACGACAUGGGCACCGUCCAUGUCGGGUCGAUGUGGUCCAACCCCAAGAUCAGCAGCAGCGUCUACUCCACCCGCCCCGUCGCCGUCUACGAGGUGGACAGGGUGCUCCUCCCGAUGCAGAUCUUCAGGACCGACCCGCCCAUGGCGCCGUCGCCGGCGCCGGCGCCGGACGCCAAGCCGGCCUCCGACGCCGCCAGCCCGCUCCCCGGGAAGUCGUCGAGCGCCAAGGCGAAGGCGGACGAGAAGAAGAGCUCGUCGUCGCCGCCGUCGUCGCGCCGCGGCGCCGGCAUUGCCGGCUACUUCUUGGCUCUUGCUGCAUCUGCCUCAGCUGGAUUGCUGCUCCUGUGUUGAUGCUAAGAAACUUUUCUAAUUCUUUUUUUUUUUUGCAUGGAUUGUUGGUUGCUGGAUAAUUUUAUUCUUUGGACAUAGUAGGGGCAUUGUGUUAGGAUUAAGUUUUAUGGGAGUAUUUCCGUCAUAUGCUUGUAUGAUUAGUCGAUGAUUACUUGUUUAUCCGAUGCAUGUUGCGAAUUGCACAAGGUA